AUGAAAGGGAAGGCCCUUCUGUCAGUAGUCUAUCUGCAGUUUUCUGCAGUCUGGGUGUCUGGGCACGUGGCCUGUGCGUGGCGCCAUUGUGGAGUGUCCCGCGCCCACGCCCUGCGUGCCUUCCAAGCGCGCAGAGGCCAACGGUCAUCCAGCCGUGGGCGCUGCAGCUCUGGCCGAGUCCGCAGACCUCGGGAACUUCUGGAAGGCAGGCCAACCCCUGCUGUAAGGCCCGACGCCCUGGCGGCUCGCAUGGGCAGGUCACCCAGCACGCCCCAGACCACGCAGUCUCCCCAGGGUCGCCAGAGUCCCUGGCCCCCGAGGUCCCUGACUCAGAGCCAUAUUCAGUACGUCCAGUGGGGGCGCCCGGUGCCCAGCACCCACCUCACCGAGGUGCGGCCCAGCCAGGACCCCCUCAGGCCACGGCGGGUGGUCUCCGAGGCCUGGAGGCGCCCUGCCCUGCCUGGGGAGACCGCUCUGGGGCAAGACCUCUCCUGUGCCUGGGAGGGUUGCAUGAAAGGGGGGCUGUGUCGUGCCCGGAACCCAGGACGGACCUGGAGCCCGGUGACCAUUGGGAUCGCGCCCCCAGAGCGCCAGGAGAGCCCCUGGGAAUCCCCAGGACAGCGAGCCCGCCCCGCAGUCUGCCCCGCCGCCCAGGAGCACCCGGACCUCUGCACCCCGGAGACUCUGCUGGGGGCACUCAGCCAGUGCAGCAAGGGAAGCGCCAGGUUCGACGGGCCGUUGUGGUUGGAGGUCUCAGACAGCAAGGGCGGCAGGCGGAACCUGCAGCCCCGGCCCUCUGCCUUCAGGCCCCUGAUAAAAAAUGGAGCGGUUGCUUCCUUCGUGCCCAGGCCAGGGCCUCUGAAGCCGAGCCUUGGCCCCUGGAGUCUCAGUUUUUGUGAUGAUGCUUGGCCUUUCGGGCUGGUCCAGCCCGCCCCGUCCGCCAUCUGGGACUUCUGGGAGGCGACAACACCUUCCUGCGGCAGCUGCAGUAGGGUCUCCUUCGCCCUCGAGGUCACCCAGUCUGCUGACCCCUUUGGCUCCUGAGAAUCUGGGUCCUGCUACCCAUCUCCGGAGACUCAAGCCCACGUAUCUACUUUCACUUGCUCAUCCUUGCUCUACCUCAACGUGGGGCCCUGACACCACGUUAUCAAACAUGCAGUCCCCACACCCCUCGUCUGCACGCCCCAGAUCUUCCCUCUGUGCUCCCUGCCACCCCAGCAGCUAUUGAUUUCAGAACCCCUGCCUUCGCCCUGCUGGGCCUCUCCUCCCUGCCCUUCUUCCUGCCCUUCCUCUGAAAAGAGGCAUUUGGGGAAGGCUUGCUUUUUCUCCAUGUCUCCCAGUUUGUAUAGUUAAAUUGUCCAGUUUGUAUAGUUAAAUAGUUGAUCUUAUUAAAAACAUUUGUCUGCA